UUCAAAAACAUAGCUUUGCAGAGGAAGCAACGAUUAGUGUAUGUUUUAUACGGGGAAGGUGCCGGGUAAUAAAAUUACAAGGUAAAUGACGCUGAUAUUCGAACCUCCAAACUUUUCUUGCCUCUGUAGGACUGCAGAGACGUAGCAAGCCGCCUGUCAGAGCAGCAGCCAGAGAAGCCUGUGCCUGUCUGGGCGCUGCUGCUCGGAGGAGCAGGCACAGAGCUCGAAGGCUCUUCUUUGCCUGUGGGUGCAGAAAUCCCCGCGGGGGCUGCGGGGCCCCGGAGCCCCUCAGUGAUGCCGGGCAAGGCAGGACCGUGCCGGCAGCUGUCGCGCCGGGCUGCCCUGCCUUGGACAACUGUCACGCUGCCAGCCGGCCCUCAGGUCCUCUGAUUGGGUGCUCCCGGCGACUGAUUACAAAUGCUGCUGCCGCUUCUGUGAUCCUUUCCACUCGGAGGAGAAACCUCUUAUCCCCACCCCCAAGCCCACCUCUAGGAUGUAAGUAACGGGGAGAAGAUGAGGAUGACAACAGUGCGGUGUGAGUGACUGGAAAUCCAGCAGCCUGGUUUAGCUGCAGUGUUAUGUAGGAGUCGUCUUCAGACUUCUUACCUUUGGUUUUUCGGCACAAACUGCUUGCAGGUUUUCGAAGGCUGUGGAAGGACUUACCGUUUGUGUGUUAGUGCUUUCUGUGUGUCAGCAUAUUACCUUGUUUUUCCCCUGGACAGCUGUGUUCAGAGCUUCAUGUGGGAAUCUUUCUACUGAAGAGAGAUAAAAAGGAUCCUUAAUCUGUUUCUCUUUGGAUCUUUCUAUUUUUAUGGUAUAAAUUUAUCUAUUCAUGGGGCUGAAAAGCGUGUGCAAGUCUGUCAGAGGAGAACUGCAGCAAGCUACCCAGUGUCACAGCAUCCCCCUGUGGAUGGGCAUCCCUCGAUCCCACAAGCCAGAGGGUCAAUAAAAAUGGAAGCCUCAUCUUCUGGAUCUACGAUUUCAUCAGUCACUGGUGGAAAAGCAAAAACCCAUCAGCCAGAAGGAAGAGAGGAUUUGCAGGUUAACCAGCUGGAAACGCAAAUAUGGAUAAAACCAGACAUACAGAAGACAGACGUGGAUUUUUCAGAAAUUCUUAAUGCAAUACAAGAAAUAGCUAAGGAUGUCAACAUUUUUUUUGAUGAGUUAGAAGGUGUGAAUAGCCCUUCCAAAGAUGAUGAUUCCCUGCUUCACCAUGGAAACUUGACCAGUACUUCUGAUGAUGCCAGCAGGCUGGAAGUUGUGGGAGAGGAAGUACCUGAUAAGAACAAAACCAAUGGACUAUAUUUUAGAGAUGGGAAAUGUCGGAUUGACUACAUCCUCGUGUAUAGAAAAUCUAAUCCACAGACAGAGAAGAGGGAAGUAUUUGAGAGAAAUAUCAGAGCAGAAGGACUUCAGAUGGAAAAAGAAUCAUCCCUAACGAACAGUGACAUCAUCUUUGUGAAACUGCAUGCCCCUUGGGAGGUCCUGGGCAAAUAUGCUGAACUAAUGAAUGUAAGAAUGCCUUUCAGGCCCUUUAACCCCUUCAAUGCUGGAGCCCCCUGCAUACUUGUGCGCUGCUGUUUUUUAAAUGGACAUUUCAUUGAAAUCAAUGGGAGGUCAAGAAGAUCCAGGAGAAAAAUCUAUUACCUGCAUCGCCGAUACAAGUUUAUGAAUAGGAUCGAGAAACAGAUAAGCAGGUUCCGAGGAUGGCUGCCCAGAAAGCCAAUGAAACUGGACAAGGAAACACUGCCAGAUCUGGAGGAGAAUGACUGCUAUACUGCUCCAUUCAGCCAACAAAGGAUCCAUCACUUCAUAAUACACAACAAAGAUACUUUCUUCAAUAAUGCUACAAGAAGUAGAAUUGUACACCAUAUCUUACAAAGAGUGAAAUAUGAAGAAGGGAAAAACAAAAUUGGUCUGAAUCGAUUGCUCAGUAAUGGCUCCUAUGAAGCUGCAUUUCCUCUUCAUGAGGGAAGUUACAGAAGUAAGAAUUCAAUAAAAACCCAUGGAGCAGAAAACCACAGACACCUGCUCUAUGAGUGCUGGGCUUCCUGGGGAGUGUGGUAUAAAUACCAGCCGCUGGAUCUUGUAAGACGGUACUUUGGUGAGAAAAUUGGGUUGUACUUUGCCUGGUUAGGCUGGUACACAGGGAUGCUCUUCCCAGCUGCCUUCAUUGGAUUAUUUGUCUUUUUGUAUGGAGUCACCACUUUGAACCACUGCCAAGUCAGUAAAGAAGUCUGCCAAGCUACAGAUAUCAUAAUGUGUCCUAUAUGUGAUAAAUACUGCCCCUUCAUGAGGUUGUCGGACAGCUGCAUUUAUGCCAAGGUAACCCACCUUUUUGACAAUGGAGCUACUGUCUUUUUUGCUGUUUUCAUGGCAGUGUGGGCCACUGUUUUUCUGGAGUUCUGGAAAAGAAGGCGAGCAGUAAUUGCUUAUGAUUGGGACUUGAUAGACUGGGAAGAAGAAGAGGAGGAAAUACGUCCGCAGUUUGAAGCCAAAUACUCCAAGAAAGAGCGAAUGAACCCCAUAUCCGGGAAGCCAGAGCCUUAUCAAGCAUUUGCAGAUAAAUGCAGCAGACUCAUCGUUUCUGCAUCUGGAAUAUUUUUUAUGAUCUGUGUGGUGAUUGCUGCUGUUUUUGGCAUUGUUAUUUACCGUGUUGUGACUGUCAGCACUUUUGCUGCCUUUAAGUGGGCUUUAAUCAGGAAUAACUCUCAGGUUGCAACUACAGGGACUGCAGUGUGCAUCAACUUUUGCAUCAUCAUGCUACUGAAUGUGCUGUAUGAAAAAGUUGCUCUUUUCCUGACAAAUUUAGAGCAGCCUCGUACUGAAUCGGAGUGGGAGAACAGCUUCACUCUGAAAAUGUUUCUUUUUCAGUUUGUCAAUCUGAACAGCUCUACCUUUUAUAUAGCAUUCUUCCUUGGAAGAUUUACAGGACACCCUGGUGCCUACUUAAGGCUGAUAAACCGGUGGAGGCUGGAAGAGUGCCAUCCUAGUGGAUGCCUUAUUGAUCUUUGUAUGCAAAUGGGCAUUAUAAUGGUGUUAAAGCAGACAUGGAAUAAUUUCAUGGAAUUGGGAUAUCCGCUAAUUCAAAACUGGUGGACCAGGAGAAAACUACGGCAAGAAUAUGGCACACAGGGAAAAACAAGCUUCCCACAGUGGGAAAAGGACUAUAAUCUGCAGCCUAUGAAUGCUUAUGGACUCUUUGAUGAAUACCUAGAAAUGAUUCUUCAGUUUGGGUUCACAACCAUUUUUGUGGCAGCUUUUCCACUGGCACCACUUCUGGCCUUACUAAACAAUAUUAUUGAAAUUCGGCUUGAUGCUUACAAAUUUGUUACUCAGUGGAGAAGACCUUUAGCUUCAAGAGCCAAAGAUAUAGGCAUCUGGUAUGGGAUCCUGGAAGGCAUUGGAAUUCUUUCGGUUAUCACAAAUGCAUUUGUUAUAGCGGUGACAUCAGAUUUCAUCCCUCGCCUUGUUUACGCUUACAAAUACGGACCUUGUGCUGGCCAAGGAGAAGCAGGACAAAAGUGUAUGGUUGGCUAUGUUAAUGCCAGUUUAUCAGUAUUUCUGGUGUCUGACUUUGAAAACCGUUCAGAGCCAACAUCAAACGGAAGUGAAUUCUCUGGUUCACCAUUAAAAUAUUGCAGGUACAGGGACUACCGAGACCCUCCGCACUCCCCAGUGCCCUACGGGUACACGCUGCAGUUCUGGCACGUCUUAGCAGCACGCCUGGCCUUCAUCAUUGUGUUUGAGCACCUUGUCUUUUGCAUAAAACAUCUGAUCUCCUACUUAAUUCCAGAUCUUCCAAAAGAUCUGAGAGAUCGAAUGAGGAGAGAAAAGUACCUGAUUCAGGAAAUGAUGUAUGAAGCUGAGCUAGAACGUCUGCAAAAAGAGCGGAAGGAAAGGAAAAAGAAUGGAAAAUCUUAUCACAAUGAGUGGCCAUGACAGGAUGACAAAGAAACUGCUUGAAAGAAGAUAAGAACUCUUGUUUAUUAAAAAAUUCCUGGUUUUCUGCAGCAGAGAGUGCACUGAAAGAGAUAGUCAGUAAUGUUGUGCGCAUUUAGCACGUGAGCCCCUAUUCAAUAGGGUGGAUUUUGUCAUAAGCCUUUUGAAACUAGAGGUGUUUCCAAGGCUUAGUCUUCUCCAGAGCUGAUGUCAACACGAGCACAUCAGACCAAUGCUAAGUCUCUGCACUUCUGCCAGGAGCUCCCAGGCCCUGACUAAAACUCGAGGCCCUGAACUUCAAAGCAGUUACACAACUUCCAGUGCUUUACAGAACUUGGUGAUCUUACGGCUCAUUCUCAUGAAGUUGCUACUUCACAAGCAGUGACUGCGCCUUGGCAACGUGGCAGUGUUUGUCUGUGUGUGUGGCCACCACCUGCAGCACGUGCAUGGCAGCGUUGCUCUCUUCCACAGCGGACCCAACUGCGUUAGUUUGCAUUUGCCACCAGUUAAGGUCACGUAUGUGGACCAUUUCCAUUGCUCAACAAUACUGAAGUAUUAUCUAGAAGGAGAUGCAUGAUCAUGAGUCUGAUCAACUGGCCUAACAAUGCUGAAAAAUGUAGGCAUCAGAAGUGCAGAUAGCCAAGCAUCUAAAUGUGGCCAGAGGUAUCUAGCUGUAGGGUCAUUUAUUUGGAAAUGACACUGUGAAAAGUUGGUAACACAUGUUAAAGUUUUGAACAGUGCCUUUUCAGCUAUAGGACUGUCUGAUGUCGGAAGGAAUCAAAUCAGGUUAGGGCAUCUUGCCUAGAACUGCCUAUGUAUUUGUGUUGCCAGAUCACAUUGAGGCCUAGUCAGGAAUUAGGGUGUACUUACACACAUAACACAUGUCAGACAGUGUCUUAAAGACCUAUCUGCCUAAGUAAAACAGACAAAAAAAGUACAGAUGAAGAAGGUGAGCAGAAUAAAACACAGUCAGCCAGAAUAUGUAGACUUGUAGCACUUUCUGUGUUCAUCAUUCCAUUACCUAUGAAGGGGUGGAGGGAAAAAACAAAACAACAGACUGUAGUAUGAAACAGCUUGAAAUCCUUAAUGCAGAGCAAUUCUGUCCAGGCUGCAAAUUAGACUUGGGCAAAAUAAGCCACUGUCAGUAUCCUUUAGCAAAUUCCUUAAUAUUGAGAAAUUUAAAAAUUCUGAUUUAAUUAAGAAAAUCCAAAUUUCCAGACUGUUAACCCAAAAAAGUGGACUUGUAGCUUUGAAGACAUCAUAAGUGUUGGAUGGAGCAACAAGAAUCAAAAUACUGAGUGUUGUGAAAGCUCUUCAAUCAGUUGUUUCUAAAAGUUAUUCUGGAAGUAAUUUGAUAGAAGGAGUAGAAUUUGCCCGUCUGGACAGACCACACAAUGCAAGAUCCUACAGAUGGAUACCUCAAGCUCCACAUGACAACACGACCAUUUGCACCAAGACAAAUAUCACCAAAUUAGAUCUAUUAACUUUCUUCCACUGCAAAGGAGAGCUGUGCUAUUUGCAUCAGAGUGGGGAGGUUUGAUGAAAGGCAAUAUGACUUGAGGAAGGAGAGGGAUGAAAGAAAACGUGAGCACCCUCCUCCCUGUAGCCACUGCCUGGCUACACAAAAAAAGCAAGGAACCUCCUCCAGUAGCCACACACCAUCCUGCCUGAAGAGGAUAAAUGACAUAGCAGCUCCCUUUUAUCAGCUGCUCCUGGCCCAAGUCUGAAAGUCCCAUGAGACAACAUGAACACUGAAGGAAUGUCAGGAUUAGUCUGUUCUGUGUUGGCUCGGUGCCAAACUGAGUGGGGAGCACAACUAGUGGUUGUGGGGUAAAUUCCUGACUAAUGAGGAAGUGAAUUUGUUCAUCUUUGCUUCUGCUCAGAGCAGCUGUGGACACAGCCCACAGGACAGUGGGGAAAUAGGAAUAUUUCUGUCUCUGUAAAUAGGGGGUGGGGAUCAGGCAGUGUUGACCUCCAAUAUACACAUGCCAGAUGGGUUAGUAUUUACCAUCCACCACCUACAGUUGCAGCCUGGGAAUUUUGGGGCAGGAUCACUGUGCAAAAUCAUAUUCAGACCAAAUUCUCAUGAAUAAUUGGAUUAUUUUGGAUACCCUCUCUUUAAUGUCUAAGCCAACAGGUGACCAGAGCUUAGAAACCGUUUACUAAGUAGUAAAGUGAGACAUGAGCCAUGCAUAAAAUCAGUGUCACCCAUAUGAGCAAAAUGGACCUUUGCAAAUCCCUGCAGUAAGAUGCAGCUUUGUCAAUUUAGAUCUCAGCAACUUCGAGAACUGAACUGAAACACAGUAGAAUAUAAACUGACUUCCACUCCAGAGAAACCACUGCAAUGAAAUGUGCCAAAACAAAUAAUGCCCAGCAGAAAUGCAAUAGAUAAUAAUUGCUUUUGAGAGUAGUUUUCAAGAUAGCUGCAUUAGGAGGAAUUUUCCUGACAGCACAUUGCUAGAUGUGUCUCGCUCUGCUCUAAACGAGACCAUAGGCUGGCUGCUUGCCAAGCUUGUGCUGAGUAUGAUGCUGCAAGGGGCUCUGACCUCCCUGGCAGACCCUGAGUACAUCUCUGUCACUUCAGUUUGACCAGCCACCCCAUUGAGGUUUCUCUGCUGCUGGUCUGAUGAACAGAUUUCCCUGGAGUCCUUCAGAGCUACAUAGCAGAACACUCAGGAAAGAUGCUCCCUUUUUAUUUACUAGAAAAAUAAAAUACAAAUAAUAGUGUAAUAAUAAAUGGAAUUUUAAUAGUCUCUAGAGGACUAAAUUAUGCCAUUCUCUUCCUGAUUUGACGAUGGGUUUUCUUUAAAUCUCCAUGUGACAGUCCUGUAUGUUGUUUACUUAUUCCAGCUCCACAAGAGCAUUACCUUCAAGAGAAUGAGAAAAAACUGCAACCUCAAUGCAUGGCACAGACAUUUUACAUAGAAAGCAGGAUAGCACACAUCAGAGGAUUUACUGUGAAAUCAUCUUGCAAUCAGCAUAGGAUUGUUCUCCAUAGGCCAUUCUUGACAGCCGCAUGUACUUCAUAAGCAGUUACACACCAGUUUUUAAAACCAAGGAAAAAAUGUAUAUUGGGACUGUUUUUCAGCCCAUUUGCUAAGUUUUUUGCAUUCUGUCCCAUGCUGGUUUUACAGAUCUUAGAAUAAAAAAUGUAAAUGUACAACCUGGAUACUCUGACAAUAGAAAAAUCUAGGAAUAGAACAUCAUCUACAUUCAAGCCACCAAAUAAUAUGACAGAAAACGUGUUUACAAAUCAGUUCUUUUUUAUUUUAAAUCUUUCUGAGGGGAGUUACAUUAUUGACCAUAUAUAUUAUAUAUAUAUAUAUAUAUAUAAAGUAUAUAGAGAGAUUGUUUAUUUGUAAAUAGAAAAAUUCUAUGGAGAAGAAUGUCAAGUUUUCACACUUUAAAAAAAUCAUCAACAUAAAGCCAUGUUUAAUGCUUGUAUAAUGUGAUGUAAUAAACUUUAAAAAUAAAUUAUGCAUAUGAAAUAUUUAUUUCUUGUCAUUCAUGAGUUUCUUUCUGUUCACCUUAUUUGUUCAGCAAGCAAACUGACCAGUCAGAUAAAAGUAAAAUUCAAAUGCAGACCAAAAAGAAACGAAAUCUAUCAUCAUUUUCUCUCUGUAGCUCUUUUGUGUAUUCACAUAGUCAAAUAUUGUUACUGUUGUGGUUUUACAAGUUGGGGGUUUAUAGUGUUUUUACUUAAACAAGUUUCUAAUUGUUUUGUCUUGUGACCCUGCCAGAUGCUGCAUGUAAUUUAGACGUUGUGGAGUGCUCCCACUCCCGUGAAAUGAAUCAGUUCUGAACAUCCCACAUUUCUUUAUCAGGUGAGCUUUCAGCUGGGAGAAAUGAAGGAUCAGGGUGCAGGAGUAUGGUGGAGACUCCAAGGAUUAUCUUGCUUUUACACAGACAAGGAAGACCCUGGCUUAGAGCUCAGCUAGCAGACGACAGUAUAUUGUCCCAGAGAAAAUAUUAUUGAAAAUCAAUUAAUUGUUUUAAUUAAUGAUUCCAAUUAAGAAGAAUAUAGAAAAAAUAAAGUCAAAAGAGUCACUUUAUAGCUCUGCAGCAGUCAUGGGAGGUUAGACAGCAAGAAAUGGGGUAGCUGCUUCAGUCACCUGCAAAGUGUAAGGGUGUUUGUCUCUAAACUGCUUACUGAAAGGUAUACUUCCCAGUGAAAACUCAUCUUGAUGGUAUGAUUGUGGAACAAUAAAUAUCGCCUGGCCCAGACUUUCACUUCAUACCAAAAUUCGAGUUAAAUGACUGCUCAGUGCCUAAACAGUGACUUCAGCAAUAAAGGGGAGGUAAGAUGGCAAUUUACACGUUUCCUCUGUUUUAAACAACUACGUGAAUUCAAAGCACGGAGAAGAAAACUACAUAUUUUAAGUAUGAUGGCCAGGAAGAUUAGUCUUCAUGAACAAAACAGGUAGAAGUUACAGAUGAUCUAAGGCAGCAUCAACUACAGCACAGUAAUUUCAGCACAGAGUGAUGCAGAAAGGACAUGCUGAUGCUGUUUCACACAGCAGUGACCAAUCACCCUCUGGAGAAACACAUUCAGAUGGGAAUUCAGCAUUUGGAUUGGGAGCGCUGUAGCCAUACUGGCAGGCACACAGAUGAAGUGCUUGCUGCAGGCUUCUGUUCUCUGCUACAGAUUACUGUCUCUUACAAAGCACAGGUACACAGAGGCACACCAGUCCUCUUCAGCGCUCUGCAGCAGCGUGGAGAUAGCAGUACUUACCCUCUUUCAGACCUGAAAAGUAGGCUGGGCUGAAAGUAGGCUGAAAAGUAGGCUGGGCUGAAAGUACCAGGUAAGUAUAAAUUGUUAUAUUACAAGACUCAAGUAUUCCCUAGAACAGAAUGCAGUAUCUGUUUCUGGGUCAGGAAGACAAGGCACAAGGUUGAAUGAGCUGCACUUAUCUUCUGAGACUUGAGAAGCAUAGCCAGCUGAUUCAGUCAAUGGGCUAAUUGUCUCAGAGUAACUCAGGUAGUCCCAAAACAGAGAUAUUCCUGUCCUGAAUCCUAGGAGACUUUAUUCAGGAUGCUAUUGUUUGUCUCAGAUCUCAGAUAAAGGGACACAAGACAUAACUCAUGGGAUCUACCCCACUUGAUCACAGCCCUUCCACACAGUGGCUUUAGGCACUGACCUGAACCAGAGCUACAGCAGAGGAGUGAGAAAAGGGGCUGGCCCUAAACUCUGCACUAGAUAAUGCAAAAAAGUGCUUCAGGAGGCAUGGGGGAAACCUGCCUCCAUCACCACAUGUUUGCAUGUGGUUUGCACAGUUUUGCGCUGGGUUAGCAUGUGGAGUCAUGGCCUUGAUGGCACCCACAGAGUGUCUGGCUGGCCUCUUCUCCUGGUUUGGUCCUUGGAGCCCAUUUUUUCACCUGUGUUUUCUGAUCCUAACAGUUCAUCUUAUGCAGUAGAUCAUCAAGUGCCCUCUGUCACAAGGGCACAGAAAAAAAUUGAUUUAGAUGCUACAGGGCCCCAGUCAAGGUAACUAAGCUAGCAUUGUGUAAUUUUCCAAGUUACAGCAGCUCAGUACUUGGCACAAAUGCAGUAUCAUUUUUAGAAAGCAUUUAAGGCAUGCAGUCAGUUUUUCACUUGAUUCCCAAGCAUGACUGCCUUCUAAGCAUCACAGCUCAGCUUUCCUGCAAUGGCUUUAAUUUUUCAACUUAAUUUUGCUGCUAUAGAAGAGUUUUAAACACUCCUGUAUAGCCAUUGUAAAAGUCUGAAGCACAAAAACAAUACAGUGGGUCAGUCUGUUCCCCACUCUACCAAAAAGCAAGCUGGAGAAGAAAGCAAUGGGGGUUUUCACCCUCCCAAAACACCGGCACAGGGCAUGGUCUCACAUGGAUGGGCUGUUAACCUUCUCUUGGCAGCCCCACCAAAGGAUAGGCCAUUCCAUAAGCCCUGUAGCCCUGGAGAAGCCUCCACCAUAUGGCAUCA